GAUGAUGAUGGGGAUGAUGUUUUUGAGUGGAAGUAUACUUUGGAGCUAUCAAAACAAAGAAGAAUAAAUCAAACACAAACUGCACCUUGCGUAGAUGAUGAUGUAUACAUUUGUAGCAAUGACAAACCUUGUGAUUUUUGGUCAGCUAUGGAAGAAUCAAAAUUUUAUGGCAUAGUAUUAACUGUCUCGAAAGAAAAAGUAACAUUUACAAUAAAAUCAAAACGCGAUAUCUGUGGAAUUUGUUUCGAUAGUCCUAUGUAUACCAUAGUAUUUAGUCCAUCCCGUUUCACAAUUCGUCUACAGUAUCGUGCAUUGGAGUUACUGAGUAAAGAACGAAUUGAAAUCAUCGAUCGUAUUUUUUUUCCUGCAGGUGUUGAUCCGAUAUAUGCUAUACCACAAGAGAGAUUGGUACUUUUUAAUGAAAGCAUUUACGAAAAUCCUGAACAAUUACAAGCAGUGCGCACCAUAGCAGCGGGGCCCAAAUGUAAAGUACCAUAUAUAAUAUUUGGACCACCAGGAACGGGAAAGACAACUUUAAUUGUGGAAUGUAUUCUACAACUCUAUUUACAUCGACCAAAUACUAAAAUUUUGGUUACUGCUGCAUCAAAUACCGCUUGUGAUGAAAUAGCGGUACGUUUAUGUAAAGCACUGUUCCACUAUAAUGACGAAUUUUCUAUUGUUCGCUUAUAUGCAAGAUCAUUUAAGAAAGAAACAAGCUUUCUUCUUAAAGAACAUUCUAAUUAACAUUCAAAGUACUUCUCUCCAAACAAAAAUGAUAUCAAGAAAUAUCGCAUUGUAAUAAGUACAUUAUCUGUCAUAGGAAAAAUUGAUAUUCAAGAAUCCCAAUCACCAUUAUUAGAAGAAUAUGAAACCAGUGCUUCCAUAACUCAUUUUACACAUAUUUUUAUUGACGAAUCGGCUGCUACAACA